AUGAACGACCAUACAUCAAAAAACGAUCAAGAUGUUCACCAAGUUGAACCAAAUUUAUCGUUUGUUGCCCAAAAUGAAACCGUUUGCACAACAACUAAUAUGUCACCACCACCUUCUCGUAUAGUACCCAGUUCAUCUCGGCCCAGUACCUUACAACUUGGUGGCCAUCGAAUGCCGAACUCUAUCUUAUUAACACCGAGUGAUUAUAAUAAAUUAAUUCUAAAUACACCAGAAUUAGAUGAAAAACUACGAAAUUAUACGAUUAUUUCAAGCACAACACCCACUGUUCAAUUACAAACACCAGAUCUGAUGAAUGGAAUUUCAAUUCAGCAAGCAAACAAUAUAACAUUUGCUGCUGAUGCACAACCAUCACCAGGUGUUAAAAUCCUUGAAGAAUUGCUUAAUUCGCAACAACAGCAAAUGCAUACAGAUAAUACACCUCGUCAGUACAUUGUUUUACCAUCCGAUGCUCAUCAUUUAAUACAGCAAUUAUCAUCAGGUCUUGGUGAUGAACAACGUCUUAUGGCAAAUACCGAACAACUUAAUCAAUUAACACAAGCUUUACAAAAAGCUAUAACAGCAUCAACACCAACAAGUGUCGAUUUACAAAAUCAAACUCAAGUUCAAGAGCAAAUUAUAACAUAUCUUACAAACCGUAUGGCACCACAACAACAGCAGCAGCAACAACAACAACAACAGCAACAGCAAGACAUGUUAACACGUAAUCGUUCGAUAUCCUCAUCCAUGGAUGCAUCAAUGAACGGUAAUGAAUCGUCGAAUUCAGCAAUAUCAUCAUCAGCACAGAGUCCAAUGACAUCUCAUCUGUCUCAUAGUACAAUUAUGUUAAAUAAAGUUAAAGAUGAACCGCAACAUGUUCCAACAUCACGAACAAAUAAUGGAAAUUCUUCGAUAGAACGUAUUAGUUUGGAACACAAUGAAGUAUUAAAAAAAGAAAAGAAACGUGAACGAAAUCGACAGGCAGCACAAAAAUGUCGUACUAGAAAAUUAACACGUAUCGCUGAAUUACAAAAACGUGUUAAUGAUUUACAAGAGAAGAAUAAAGAUUUAUCAAAUACAGCCGACCGUCUGAAAACGGAUAUAACAAGAUUAGAACGUCAAUUGCAAGAACAUCAACUACAAGGAUGUACAUUAAUGACGACUGGAUCCGUUUUAUCAUAG